AUGACAGACGCAACUUUAGGCUCGUCUGCCGCCAAAGGAGACACGACAGCCUUCGACCAUCAUGAACACCGCUUUUACACACCAAAUGUCGCCCUGAUCGAGGCGGCAUCAGCUGCUAGCGAUGAAGAGGCGAAGCUCCCCCGGAAGGAGCUGUUUUCGAAGUAUUGGCCCGCAAUCGUCUAUAGUUCCCUCCUAAGUCUGGCUCUAGUCAUGGAGGGAAUGGACGUCGGCUUGAUCAACAACUUUUUCGGACAAACAGCGUACCUGAAUAAGUUCGGGUGGCCCGACGCCAACGGGAAGCAACAUAUCCCCACCUCGUGGCAGGCCGCGAUCGGCAACGGGAACAACCUUGGCAGUAUUAUCGGUCUCUUGCUCAAUGGCUGGCUGCAGUCACGCUACGGCUCUCGACGAGUCUACAUGGGUGCCAUGGCAUUGAUGGGUGCUACCAUUUUCACAUUGUUCUUCGCUGUCAAUGUUCAGAUGCUUUUUGCGGCAAACAUACUUUGUGGUAUUCCUUGGGGAAUUUUCCAAACCCUCACAACCGCUUAUGCCGCCGAAAUUUGCCCAGCUGCGCUUCGCGGAUAUCUCACAGCUUGGGUGUCCAUGUGCUGGGGAUGUGGCUCAUUCCUGGCUGCAGGUGUUCUUCGCGGUUCGCUUGACCUGCCCGGCGAUCUGGGAUGGCGCAUCCCAUACGCUCUGCAAUGGGUCUGGGUUGUUCCACUGUUCGUUGUCGGAUUCCUCGCCCCGGAAAGUCCCUGGUACCUGGUUCGUCGCGGUCGUCUGGCCGAGGCUGAAAAGUCUUUGCGUCGCCUUGCCCGCAAGGAUCAUUAUAACCAGGAGACGAUGGCUCAAACCCUUGAGUUGAUGAAACAUACCAACGAGAUGGAGAAGAUCGAAGCUGAAGGAGCGACUUAUCGCGACUGCUUCCGAGGCACAAACCUACGACGCACUGGUAUCGUCUGCAUGGCCUGGAUCAUUCAGAUCCUGAAUGGACAGGCGAUUUGCUCAUACGCUACGAUCUUCUUGAAGUCAGCUGGCAUGCCCGAGGUCCAGGCCUUCAACUACAGCAUGGGCAUUCAAUCGGUCAACAUUGUGGGCACAGGUAUUGCGAUCUGCCUGAUGGGAAGAAUUGGGCGGCGCACCUUUUACUUUUAUGGGUCUUCAAUCAUCGGCACCGCUAUGCUUAUCAUCGGCAUUAUGGGUUUCAUCCCAGGCCAAGACAACGUGGCCAUUGCAGUGGCGGUUGUGAUGAUCAUUGUCAACCUCACAUUCAAAAUGUCCUUGGGGCCGACAUGCUAUGUCAUCGUCGGCGAAACCUCUUCCAGUCGUGUGAGAGCUCAGACAAUUGUCAUUGGACGUGGAAUUUACGUUUGUGGCCAAAUUGCUGUUCAGCAGCUCAACCCUCGCAUGUUGAACGAUAGUGCUGAUGCUUGGAACUGGGGUGCCAAGACGGGCAUGCUGUAUUUCGGCUUCUGUCUUAUCUGGGCUGUGUGGAUCUUCUUCUUCCUCCCGGAGACGAAGAACCGUACCUUCGCCGAGUUGGACUACCUCUUCCAGAAGAAAGUGUCGGCGCGUAGGUUCGCAACAGCACCGAUUGAUUUGUUCGAAUUCACUGGCGGCGACAAGCUCCGCGGAGAUGUUGACGUUAUUGAAGAUGUGAAGCGGAUUUGA